AUGCCUCAGCAGUCGGGGCCGAUGGACGAAUUCUUAUCCACCCCACACUGUAUGGCCGGCACACGAGGCCUCGACAAAAUGGCACCCGGCUCGCCGGGAUCGAGCAGCAGGGCGAGCUCCACACAAGACUCCCCACGGAGGGAUGCCCUCACUCAGAUGUCUGUAGAACUGGCGGCUAUUUCAGCAAACAUGCUUACCAGGCAGGACAAGAAAGAACUAGUGGCUGAACUCCGCUCAGCUAUCCGGGAGGAAGUAGCUGCUGUUCGGCAAAACCUCACCGCUCUGGAACACCGGGUAGAUGAACUGGAGGUCCAACGGCUGCAGGCAGAACAACACCAACGGGCUACAGACCUAGCAACCUCGCGGCAGGUUAACCUCCUUCUGGAGCUCAGACGCCAGGUGGAGGACCUUGAGAACCGCGGACGGCGCAAUAACAAUCUCCGUCAGAGGUCUGCCGGAAUCUGA